AUGGAGACCUUUCCCAUGCCAGCUGUUGAACUUGAUUCCAUGGCCGAACGAUUUGUUGAGCCGAUUCCAGAGGAACCGAAUAUGGAGGAUGAAGCUCCGCGUGUCCUUCGCCGAAUGCAGUUGGGCCUAAAGCGGGCUUCUGCUGAAGGAGAGGAAUGCGCAGACGGGCAGAGACCUGCGAAGAUGCCCCGAGCCAAGGGGAAAGCAAAAGCAAAAGCCAAGCCAAGAGCCCGGAAGCCAAAGGGCCAGGCCGUGGAGCCUGAGGUGAAGCCUGAGGGUGGAAAGCCUGGUGAGGCUGCGGGGUCUCCUUGCGGCAAGGUCGAUGGGUGUGAGGGUGGGAACCAAAAGCUUGAGAAGCGCAAGCCUGUUCGCACCAAGAGGGAGAAGUCCAACAAGCAGGAGGUGGAAAAUGGUGGGGAUCUUCCUGCAGCGGAGGGCGCGAAGAACAAGUGCUUUGCCAAGAGGAGGAGGCCUAGUGGAACCUUUCCAUCAAUGAAGUGGGAUUCCAUGCGCCAAGCUUUCCAGCAAAAGGUCAAGCCACUCUUGUCGACAUACAGCGCUCAUGAGGACUGCCUUUGCGCCCGAAUUCUUUCUGAUUUUCUGUGGCAUGUGCAAGAAUAUUUCACAUAUAUGUGGCAUGUGCAUAAUGUGUGCACGGGCAGCUGGACCACGCAGCAAUGCCCAAAUGCUGGCCACUCCAAAACCACUCCCCAGGGAUAG